AUGGAAGAAAUACAGUUGGUAUCGGCCGAAGAAGUCCAGAAGCACAAUCAAGCUCUGGAUUGCUGGCUAGUCAUCAAUGAAGAAAUUUGGGAUCUCACGACAUUUGUAUCUGAGCAUCCUGGAGGGGCUUCUAUCAUCUUGAAAUAUGCUGGGGCAGACGCAACCGUCCCAUUCCGAGAGGUUCACUCGCAAUCCAUCAUUCGAGAAAAUCUCAGUCUGGAUCGUUUUCGGGGCAAUUUGGACCCUUCUACUCUUCCCGGUAACUGGGCAAAUACGAAAACUACUGCCGCAUCAAGUCAGACGGGAAAGCCCGGUGAUAUGAUCAGACCUCCAUUGCAUACCAUGAUCAAUGCCUAUGAUUUUGAUAGUGCAGCCGCAUUGAGUGCGCCCAAGAAGGCUUAUGCUUUCUAUUCCACCGCCGCGACAGACUGCUGGACAAAGGAAGCAAACGAGUCCAUGUUGAAACGCAUCUGGUUCAGACCCAGAGUAAUGAGGGAUGUGUCUGCUGUCAGCACCUCGAGCACCAUACUAGGAAUUCCUGUCGCCUUCCCAGUCUUUAUCUGUCCCACAGGCCUGGCAAAACUGAUCCAUCCUGAUGCUGAAAAGGGUCUGGCCCGUGCAGCUCAGUCCAGUGGCAUCUUGGAGAUAAUUUCUUCAAGUGCUAGUUACUCUUUAGAAGAAAUAGUUCAGGAAGCACCAAACUACCCAUUUCUGUUUCAACUAUACCUGAACAAGGACAGGGAAAAGUCGAGGAAAAUGCUUCUCAAGGCUCAAGAUCUAGGCAUGAGAGCUAUCUUUGUGACAGUGGAUGCCGCAGGUAGAGGUAAACGUGAAUCGGACGAGCGUUUAAAAGUUGAUGAAGUGAUUGUCAAUCCAGUGACGGGCGAACGCGCCGCGUCUGACAAGACUGGUGCUGGAUUGACUCGGCUCAUGGGACGAUACAUUGAUCAAGGCAUGACGUGGAAGGAUCUCGAGUGGAUUCGCAGCAUCACCAGUCUCCCGAUCAUUCUGAAGGGUAUUGGCUCCGCCGCCGACGCCAAGAUUGCCCUGCAGCACAAAGUUGAUGGCAUUUUACUGAGUAACCACGGGGGCAGAAACCUUGACUUUUCUCCACCCUCGAUCCUAUUGCUCUUGGAGAUGCAUAAGGUCUGCCCAGAGGUCUUUCAAAAGAUGGAUGUCUACGUCGAUGGCGGCUUUCGACGAGGAGGUGACAUUUUGAAAGCACUGUGUCUUGGUGCGAAGGCUGUUGGUAUUGGACGAUCCUUCCUAUAUGCCCUGAAUUAUGGCACAGAAGGUGUGGAACACCUGGUAGAGAUCCUCAAAGAUGAAAUGGAGAGUGCCAUGAAAUUGGUUGGCAUCACGAACCUUUCAGAAGCCCAUCCCGAUCUAGUGAACACGAGCGACGUCGAUCAUCUUGUACCCAACGGCGCAGGUCACCCGUAUAUUACUUGGCGAUCACGGGAGUGCGCUCGCCUGUGA